AUGCUACGCGUGCUUCAUGCGCGGUUGCUGUCGUGUGUGAGGUCCUAUAGCCGCUGGAAUGUUCUUCCUCAAGUGGAGAUGGCGUCACGUGAAGCACGAGCUCCACCGCCACCGCUCCCCUCUCCAAAAUAUCUUGAAAUUCGACGUCGCUGUACAAUUGAGUACGUCGACAUUCCACCACUGAACGAAGCUGUAGGAAGCCACUCUGAGGAUCCUGUUACACUUGUGCUGGUGCACGGUGCGCCGGGAAGCUACAGCGACUUCCGCCAUCUGAUUCCAAAGCUGAAUCGGCCAUAUAUGCGGAUCCUCGGCCUCAAUUUGCCCGGUUACGCCGGAUCCAGGGUGUCCGAAGAGCAUUAUCUCGACAGCAUCAGCGCAUUACCCACCGCUGACUUGGCACUAGAAGCUGUCCAGAAGCUGUGUGACAGUGGCAACGUAUUCCUAGUCGGCCAUUCGUUCGGAGCUCACACAGUGAUCAACAUGGCAGCGUUAGAGACGCACGAGAAGUUCAGAGUUCGAGGCAUGGCGUUGCUGGCACCGGCUGGCUGUCGGCCUCAUAAAGUGCUACGACCUCGCGAGAGUGCUAUGGUGGUGAGCUUGCUACGUAGAGACAACGCAGUGCUCUCUACACUAACGUCGCACUUGAUUAAGGCGAUCUACACGAGGCUGCUCAAGUUUCCAAGUGAUCAUCCGCCAGGACACUACAUCGCAGGCCUUGUUCGCGCAGGCACGACCGACUUUAAUGUGAUCCGAGAGCAAGUGGAUAUGCUACGAAAGAGGAAGAUGCCGUCCCUUGUUGCGUGGUCACAGAACGACGAGUUCAUGGAGGAGGAGAUCCCCGUUGAACUUGCUCGAUUAUGUCACCCUGGUCCACGUUUGAAGUUCGCAAGGGGAGGACAUAACGUGCAAAAGACUCGGGCAGAUCAAAUUGCUGACGCAUUAAGUAGAUGGAUAGAAGAAGUGUUAGAUAAAGAGGGUCGUGUUAAUUAG